AUUCACAAGCCGCCCACCCACCGCCUGGGAUCUGAUUCCCUCUCAUCAGAGGUCCUUCUCGGCGACUUCACAACAUGUCAACACGGUAGCACAAGAUAUCGCUCACUCCCACCUCAGUCGCCUCGCCUCCCCGAGUUUAACAGGUCUGAAUGGCGGCUUUCAAAGACGAGCUGCCAUCCGUGACUGGCCUCGAGACGGCCAAAGCCACUCCACCUCAGCCCGAAUUCACAGCACCACCAAGUCAAAGCAUAGAAGCCCUAAAAGAUGUUGUCUUCGGUUCAACUGCGGGAAUACUGGGAAAAUUUGUGGAAUACCCUUUCGAUACAGUCAAAGUCAGACUACAGUCACAGUCAGAUCAUUCAGGAGUUACACGACUGCAAGGGCCACUCGAUGCAUUCUCUGCGGCGUUCAAAAGCCCUGAAGGCCCUCUUGUAUCACUCUAUCGAGGAAUCAGUGCCCCUUUGCUGGGUGCUGCCAUUGAGACAUCCUCGCUGUUCUUCAGCUACCGAAUUGCCCAGGACCUGGUGGUAGCAACCUCUCCCACUCUUCGGUCACAACGAGACCAGAACAAUGGCAAAGUCGAACUUCCCUUCGCGGCCCUUCUAGGCUGCGGAGCUGCCUCUGGAGCAUUCACCUCUCUACUCCUCACACCCAUCGAGUUGAUCAAAUGUAAAAUGCAGGUUCCAAUCCCUCCAUCGCACUUGGCGACAGACCUGGGUUAUGCUCCCACCCGUCCUCUUGGGCCACUUGAAUUGAUCCGCACAGUCUUCCGCAGUCAGGGCAUCCUGGGCCUUUGGCAUGGUCAGCUAGGGACUUUGAUUCGCGAGACUGGCGGUUCGGCAGCCUGGUUUGGUUCUUACGAAGGCGUCAAAAUGCUCUUCCAAAAGUACGACUCCUCCAUUACUCAGAUCGCAGACGUCAAGGUCUGGCAGCAGAUGCUCGCCGGCGCUGCUGCAGGCAUGUCUUACAACUUCGUCUUCUACCCUGCCGACACGAUCAAGUCACGGAUGCAGACUAGUGCUACUGAAGGCGUAGGUCUCAAGAAAAUGACUUUUGCAUCCACCGGACGGGCUUUGUGGCGAGAACAAGGCCUCAAAGGCUUUUAUCGUGGCUGUGGAAUCACUGUUUUCCGAUCCGCGCCGAGCUCGGCCAUCAUCUUCAGCAUUUACGAGGCAUUGAGACGUUAUUUUGGUUAAAAUGGCUUCGGAGUCCGCGUGGCACCGGUUCUUGUCCUAGCGGAAUACACCGAGCAUUUCUCAUAGGGAACAUUGCAAAAGGGCCUGGAAGUGCAUUUGGACAUGCACUCGCACUCAUUGGAACACCCUGUGGGUUGUUUUGGCUCUAAUGAUUGAAUUGAGAGCGGAUCUGAGGGGCCAGGUUGUGGUCAAAUCGAGCAAGGAUCCUUGCUUACCGACGUCUUUUUCGAUCAUUCGGCCUUAGGGUUCUCUUCGCCUUAUAUCCCAGCAUCUCUUGUGACCGAAUUACAAUCUCUGGCGCUUGAAGGACUGGUUCGGUUCACUUCUCCUCAAGCACAUUGCUUGUUAGUCUUUGGUCCGAGGAGGAACGAAAGUUGCACAUUCUAGCAUCACAUGCAUCAGCCAGGGGCUUCAUAUGUUCACUACCUAUGGCCAUGUCGCCGGACCUUGCACCGGCAUUACGAAAGAAACGAUUUGAUGCCUUGGUCAGUCACCACACUUUUAGCGAGAGCAUUGCAGGAUCGGCGUUCGGAGCAUGAUGGAAAUCGACGCAUCACACAUUCAAGGACAAAUACCAGGAAACACAGCAUAGAUAAAGGCCCCCAAAAUUCUGGAGCACAUAGACGAGAUACCAAAAAGUGAUAAUGCUUUCCUUACCAUUA